UGUUGAUUUCACUGGGUAUUGCUUAUAGAGAGUGUGUCUAUUGCCUUCUGUCCCAGGUUGCUGCCAUCAUGACUCUACCUUUUGACGUGGUGAAGACACGAAGACAGAUCCAACUGGGAGAGAUGGAGACACUGGGAGUCCCUGUGAAGAAUCCCACAUCCACAUGGCAUAUCAUGAGGGGAAUUUGGGCUGAAUCGGGAUACAGGGGGCUCUUUGCAGGUUUCCAACCCAGGGUGAUCAAAGUUGCCCCCGCCUGUGCUGUCAUGAUCAGCAACUAUGAGUUUGGGAAGAUCUUCUUCCAGAAGAUAAACCUUGACCGGGAGCAACAGGCCUGCUGAGGGGCUGUUUGUGUGGAGAAGCAGGGUUGGCUACCUUCUUCUGGGGCAGAAUGGGAAGAGACUAUUAGCAGCUGCCAAUGCAGGCUCACAUGCAUGCUGUGCAAGACUGCUCCUGGUUAAGACAUUGCACCUAGAAACCUGAGCUUCAAAUCACCCUGGAGGAGUCUGUCUCUCAAUUCAGACAAAGGCAAAGA